AUGGUCAAGGGUGGUUUCAUCUCGUCUCUCCUGUCCCUGGCCGCCGUCGCCCGAGCCUGGAACGCGCCCAACUAUGGCGGCUUCAACCUCGUCUGGCAGGACAACUUUGGCGGCAGCGCCGGCCAACUUCCCAACGAGGGCAACUGGAACAUCAUCGACGGCAACCUCGGCAUCAAUGAAGAGCUGCAGACGUACAAGCGCAACCCCCGCAACGUGCAGCUGAGCGGCGGCGACAGCUUGCAGAUCGUGCCCUGGCGCGACGGCAACGGCUGGACGUCUGGCCGCAUCGAGUCCAAGUACACCUUUACGCCCGAGGCCGGAAGGAUCACCCGCGUCGAGGGCGCCAUCAAGUUUGGCGACAACGGCAUCGAGCAUAAGAAGGGCCUGUGGCCUGCCUGGUGGAUGCUCGGCAACAUCUUCCGCCAGAAUAAGCAGUGGCCUGCCUGCGGUGAGCUGGACAUUCUCGAAGCCGUCAACGGAGAGCUCAUCGGCCACGGGACCAUGCAUUGCGACGUAUCUCCCGGUGGCAAAUGCAACGAGGGCGCCGGCAUCGGCUCCACUGUCAAUUUUCCCAACCAAGACUGGCAUACCUGGCGCCUCGAGAUUGACCUUCGUCCCGGGAACUGGGUUGACCAGACAGUUGUAUGGUAUCUGGAUGGCCAGGAGUUCCACCGCAUUCCUGGUUCCACAAUCAACAACUACGACAUCUGGCACGCUGUUGCCCAAAGCCCGCUCUACUUCAUCCUCAAUAUGGCCGUUGGUGGCAAAAUGCCCGGUUCCCCCAACGGGGAAACCUUCGACGGCUAUGGUAGCAUGAUGGAAGUCGGCUACACUGCCCACUACGUCAGCCAGUAA